AUGGUUGAUGUGGAUAGUGGGGAGGUUAAAGCCGUGCUGGACUGGGACCGGGCAGGCUGGUACCCUGAAUACUGGAUCGUAGUAGGAUACUCUCUGAAAACCCUGGGCUACGGGAUUAUUUCCCUUAUCUCAAACGCAUUGUUCCCUUCAACUAUGCCCAGGAGGUUCUUGCAAUGGGGAUAUUCAUUACGCUUUACAGGUGUUCGACAGGCUUAUGUGUUUCGGAUUUUUCGAGAUUUUCUUAAACAAAUCACAUGGAAUGAAUAUAGACGGUCUAUCACGAGAAGGUAG